AUGCAACUCUCCCUUGUUUUCAGCAUACUUGUGUCAUUUGUCGCUAUUGCUGUAGCUUAUCCCACGUUAAACGUUGGGACGCGUUCUUGUGACUUUGACCAUGACACUGAAGAUACAGCUACCAUUGGCGAGAUAGGAUUCUGCUAUGAACCCACCAAUGAUCACAAGAGAGAGGAGCUCGAAUCCAACCUCACCACUCAUGUCGCAUCAAUGUACACUGAGACGCCCGAGGGGUAA